AUGGCUCCAUUAGUAUUUAGUGUUGAGGUCGGUGGUGUGAUGUGGACUGACAGGCGUAUUGCCAGCUACGCUAUUUGCUUGCUGGUAUUCCAAGUACGGUUGUCUAAUUCACGAACUUCUUGGAGACUCAACACUGAUGGAGUUGUGAAGGCAACUCAAUUUGCAACACCCGCUGAGGAUGAUCCGAUUUUUGAAAUACUUACUUCGACCGUAAGUUCGUCUAAUGGACAAGGUUGGAGCAAAAGUGCCUCAACAGACAAUCAAGAAAAAUUACAAGUUUAUUGCAAUGAAUACAGUACUUUUAUAGCGAGCAAUAAUGACAGACGAUUCGUUUCCUAUACGAUGACGGAUCCACCAAACUCAACGAACACCCUGGCGUCUUCUACUGGAUCAACAUCAUCCCAGGAGCAACAGAUCGUAUGUACAGCUGGUCAUCAGUGCGAAGACAUAGUACUGGAUUGCGGAAAACCAGUCAAUUACACGUACUACGAUAAUCUUGUUGGCAUUGCUAAUCGUAACAAGCACCCGCUAGUGCCAGAACCACAUGUAGCUCUUAUGUUUAAAAAGGGCAGCACCAAAGUUGAGGAUGUUGAUAUUGAUUUGCUUGAGAGACGGCUAAAAAAAGCUAAACGAGAGAAACCAAAGUCAGUUCAAUUGUACAACCAAAUCGGUAAUUUCUGGCGUAUAAAAGGGAACGCUGAGCGAUCAAUUGAGUGUUUCAGACGAGCUCUUGCUGUUUCACCGCAUAAUGCUGAAGUUUUAUUGAAUUUGGCAAGGGUACUGAUGGUUUUACAGUACUUAGACGACGCUACGUACUUAGCACGACGAUCAUUGGAAUUACAGCCACCGGAUCGUAAUGCAUGGGAACAGUAUCUUACACUUGGGCAAAUAUUUAAAGCAUAUGGACAUUUUCAAGAAGCAGCUGUACAUUUAAGACAUGCUUUAGAAUUAAAACCCGACCUCAUGGAGGCUGCUGAAGCACUAAAAGAAGUUGAAUCGCUACCAACUGCUAGUAUACAUGUGUAUACUUUACUUAUAAUUGUUUGCUUGGUCUUGUGCGUUCUCCUCGUAGUACUAAGUACUAUAGAGUGCGAUGAUAACAUAACUCUGAAUAGUGAUCAACUCCAACGACCUAUGCAGCGUAAUUUUAAUCGAACAUUAUCAAUGCGUAGUCUACGUCUGAACGUACCGCGAAAUAAACGUUGUUAA